UGCUGGCCUUCUCGGGUCAGACAGUGCUUGGUGCUGUUGCCACCCCACUAGGCAGAGGGGGAUGAAGGGCACUGUGAGGGGUCUUCAGUAGCCAAUCCCAGAGCAGACCUUGGUCAGGUGGUUUCUGGAAAUCGAAACCAGACUUGGUUUUCUGAAGCAUUUCCUGGGAUCGGUCUGGCCUGCUCUGCCCUAGGAGGGUUUGGGGGCCAAGGACCCAUCUGCAGAGGGCUCAGCAACUGCAGGAGGGGGACAGCACAGCCUUCAGUCGCUGCCUCGACAGGGCCAUGGCUCUCCCUUGCCUUCUCUGGGUGUGGCUGCUGGUCCCUGGGAUUCAAGGUGUGAAGGAUGGGGACAUGCGGCUGGCCAACGGGGCCGCAGCUAACGAGGGCCGUGUGGAGAUCUUCUACGGAGGCCAGUGGGGCACAGUGUGCGACAACCUCUGGGACCUCACCGAUGCCAGCGUCGUCUGCCGGGCCCUGGGGUUUGAGAACGCCACAGAGGCACUGGGUGGAGCCGCCUUCGGGCCAGGAACGGGACCUGUCAUGCUGGAUGAGGUUGAGUGCACAGGGUCAGAGCCCUCCCUGGCCGACUGCAAAUCCCUGGGCUGGCUGAAGAGCAACUGCAGGCACAAGCAGGACGCCAGCGUGGUCUGCUCCAACGAAACCAGGAGCGCCCACACCCUCGACCUCUCCGAGGAGCUCUCCUUCGCGCUCGGCCAGGUCUUCGACAACCAGAGGGACUGUGACCUCUUCAUCCACGUGGUGGGACAGGGGCCGGAGGAGCUGGACCUCUGUGCCCACACACUGAUCCUGACCGCCAACCCCGAGGCGCAGGCCCUGUCGGGGGCGCCGGGCAGCAACAUCACCAUGAGCGUGGACUCCGAGUGCAUGCCUGUGGUCAGGGACUUUAUCAGGUACUUGUACUCCCGGAGGAUAGAGGUCUCCCUGUCAUCAGUCAAGUGCUUCCACAAGCUAGCCUCGGCCUACGGGGCCCAGCAGCUGCAGGCCUACUGCGGGCGCCUCUUCUCCACACUGCUCCCCCAGGACCCCUCCUUCCGCGCACCCCUGGACCUCUACGCCUAUGCACUGGCCACUGGAGAUGCACUGCUGGAGGAGCUGUGCGUGCAGUUCCUGGCCUGGAACUUUGAGGCCCUGACGCAGGUCGAGGACUGGCUGAGUGUCCCCACAACCCUGCUCCAGGUGCUGCUUCCCAGGACUGAGUUGACUGUGUCCAGCGAGCUGGCCCUGCUCCAGGCCUUGGACAUCUGGAGCAGGGGCACGGGCGCCUCCCACGGGGAGGUGGAGGACCUCGUCCAGCACGUCCGCUUCCCCAUGAUGCUGCCCGAGGACCUCUUUGAGCUGCAGUUCAACCUGUCCCUGUACCGGGCUCACGAGGCCCUGUUCCAGAAGAAGAUCAUACAGGCCCUGGAGUUCCACACGGUGCCCUUCCGGCUGCUGGCCCAGUACCGAGGCCUGAACCUCACUGAGGACACCUACAUGCCCCGGAUGUACACCUCAGCCACCUGGAGCGCUAUGGUGACAAGGGACUCCAGGAACCGUCAGAACCAGGGGCUGUGGUAUGGGUCCCGGUCACGGUUUGCAUUCCCAUACACUCCAGAACCUUAUGGCGGCAGAUAUGGGCCCUACCGGUCCUUCCAGACCCCGCAACACCCCAGCUUCCUCUUCAGGGCCAAGCUGACGUCCUGGACUCUGCUCUACCUCCCCACCAUGCAGAGCUGCUGGAACUACGGGCUGUCCUGCUCCUCCGGCGAGCUCCCCGUGCUGGGCCUCACCAUGUCUGGCUACCGGGAUCCCACCAUCGGCUACGAGAACAAAGCCCUGAUCCUCUGCGAAGGGCGCUUUGUGGCAGAUGUCACUGACUUUGAGGGCUUAAAGGCUAUGAUCCCCAGUGCCGUGGCCACCAACAGUUCCAGGAGAGCUUCUGCCUUCCCCUGCACCUCAGGGGCCUUCAGUGGCUUCCGAGUGACAAUUCGCCCCUUCUAUCUGACCAACACCACCAGCCUGGACUAGACUGCGUGGCCCAGAGACUGGGGGUUAGGCGAGGGCAACACAGGAAGGUGGACAUGCCCCAGAUGCCCACACGGAGGGCUCCUUCCUUCACCUCCAUCCUCUCUGCAGCCACCUCCAGCAACUGGCCACCAGAUGUCCCCCUGCCUCCACCAGUCUCUGAGCUUAUAGAAAUUGCUGGAAGGUUUUGCCGUGGAUGCUGGGAGCUCCCAGGACGCCCACUGCCUGCGGGCUCGCGGGUGGCAACAAGGCGGGACCAAGAUGGCUGGGGGUUUCCUGCGUCCCUGCUGUUGCUCAGGCCACGCUCACUCCUCUGACGACAUUAAUCACACUUUGCUUCCCA